UUUCAGAAUGACUGACUAUGAGGUGACAUGUGGAUAUACGGAAGAAGUCUCGAUGGCUCGAUUCAUUUAUAUAUCAGUUGGAGGAAUCGUGGCUUGUGUCGGUUGCAUAUGCAAUAUUAUUCUUUUGUAUCUUUUCACAUUUCGACAGCUUGCUAAUUCACCUCCACAACUUUAUCCGGCAAUUCUCGCCUUUUUAGACACACUUCUUUGUUUCUUUUUUCUAAUGAUAUUCGUUGUGGAUGUCAAUAUGAUUUAUAAUAAGAGUGAGUAUCUGUUCCUGCUCUUCCAUCGCUAUAUUAUUGUAACAUUUUGCACUGCAAAAUUGGUGCAGUUUUUGAUUCCAUAUAUGUUAAUGUUAGGUACACUUGAGAGAUACACGUGGAUCGAUAACAAGCACAACAAAAUGGCAAUCUUGCAACCAAAGUACCGCCCGUUCACACUAGGAGGAUUGGUGUUGGGAGCAAUUAUGCUCAGGGUACCGUCGGCAUUGGCUCUGAAAAUUACGGAUUUUCCAAAGUGUCCUGAUUUUUUCAGGACUUUGGCAGUAGAUGUGGAAGAGUGGGCUCAGGUUAGCACUCUAUACACAAUUCACGAUGUUUAUGGGAUCGCUUGUCUUCAAACGUUUUGCCCAUUUCUCUGUCUAAUGGUGCUCAAUUUGGUAAUAGUUAAUAAGCUGGCCAAAAUAGAUGCACAGCAGUUUCCCACCAAAGAAAUGAAGGGAAGCCCUACAAGAAGAAAAAGAUCCCGAGUGUUGUCAUCGCUGCGGAUAACAAAACUACAAAUCACAUCUACUGUUAGAAAUGCAAUUUAUACAAUGGUGGCAAUCGUCUCGACGUAUCUGAUCUCCAACUCAUUGCACAUCCUUCUGACUCUGCUGGAAGUGACGAAGGCGUCGGUGCUAGUCGACGAAAACGAUCCUUACAAGGCAUCACUUCUGUACACUCUUCUUGGUGACGCUGUGAGCAUUCUCUACAUGAUCUCAUCAGCAGUUCGAAUUCUGAUCUACACCUACUGCAAUCCCGCAAUCCGUCACCAACUCUUCUCAUUCUUCGGAGUUCGGAAAGAUCGAAAAGAUUCGGAUCAGUCAAGAAUCAUUAUUGCAUCACCGCUUCUUAUCGAGGGAAUACUAUCGGAUAGUGUCUAGUUUUUUUUUGUUGGAAUUUGAUAUCUUCAUAUUUAUUACGUUUGUUUGUAGUUUUGAUUAUUUAAUUUUAUUUAUUUUUCUUAUUAUUUGAUCCAGUGCUUUAUAAUAUGUGUAUUUAUUUGUGAUCUUACGGGUACUUCAAUAUUUUUUAAAUGAACUGUUAGUGAUUUUGA